AUGGGACGAGGAGCAUGGAGGGACUUGGCACAUGGACGCAGCUCAACUGGAUACGCAAAGGAAGAAGGAGAAGCCAUCUUGAAGACCAGCUCGACCAACCGGUCGAGUUCCUCAACUCGACCGGCCAAGCUUCAACUCGAUCGAGCUGAGAAGUGUAUGCGAACUCGAUCGAGUCGGUCUACAGAGGACUUGGUCGAGCUAGACUUUACAACGGGUAGAAAGAGGGUUCAGAGGUCACAGAGGGUACAAGAGGAACCUGAGGUGCUUGUUGCUGAUACAAUGGACGUACCAGAGGGGAAUGGAAACCCUUUGGGCAAUGGACUCGGUCGAGCUAGGCAAACUCGACCGAUUGGUCAAGGAGAUGCUCCAAACCGCCACCAACAGAGACAAGGGAUUGUUCCACCACCAGUGCAGAACCACAACUUUGAGAUCAAGCUGGGAAUGAUCAACCUUGUUCAGAACAAGAUGUUCCAUGGAUUGCCAAGUGAAGACCCCAUUGACCACCUUGAUGAGUUUGAUAGGCUUUGUGAUUUGACAAAGAUCAAUGGUGUCUCUGAAGAUGCCAUCAAGCUGAGACUCUUUCCUAUGUCUCUAGCUGACAAAGCUCACCAAUGGGAGAAGAGCUUGCCCCAUGGCACAAUCACCACUUGGGAUGAAUGCAAGAAGGCCUUUCUUGCUAAGUUUUUCUCCACCGGUCGCACAGCCAAGCUAAGGAGUGAGAUCUCAGCUUCAUACAGGAACAAUGAGACAUUGGAGAAGCUUGGAGAGGUUGAAGGGAUACAAGCCAAUGUCCACACCAUGGAUUCAACAAUGAAUCUACUAUCCCACUCUUUAUAG